AUGCGCAAAAGCGUACACUGCAUGGAUGCAGAUACUCGUGCUAUGCCACCUCCUCCUGUUCCUCCUCGACCACCCCGUCUGCCGCCGGCUCGGACGCGGCUGCUCCAGUUCCUAGGGCUGCGAGGAGUGGAUGGAGUAGAGUCAGAAGAGGAGGACGAUGAUGGUUCUUGUCCCUCUCAUGAAAGUUUUGUUGAUUUGAAGGACUCUGUUCGUGAAUGUCUAGAAAAGGAGCCUAGCGAACGUAAUGCAGAAGAUUUGGCUGUUCUUCUGGAUUUCAUGCAACACAUGUCAUCAUUUGCUUCUCUUCCUAUGUCUAUAAAAAGGCAGCUGUGCUUGAAGAUGGUAUUUGCUGUAGUGAACGAUGCUGGUACUGUGGUAAUGCAUCAUAACGAAAAACUCGACGCAUGGUCCGUCAUUGUCAAUGGUCUCGUCGAGGUGGUGAAACCGAACGGUGAAAGGGUUGAGUACAAAUUAGGCGACUCGUUUGGUGCUGAACCAAAUCCAGCAGUUCAAUAUCAUGUUGGGGAAAUGCGCACAAUAGUUGACGACUGCGAAUUUGUGUUAGUUGAACACAAGGAUUUUUGUUCAAUUAUGUCGACCAUUAGUGAGCAUAUCGAGAAGGAUCGAGAUGGAUUGACAGGCGAAGUUGUGUCAGAGACUGAAAGAAGAACUGUAGGAAGCCAAGUUGGCCUUGUUCUUAUCAAGGGCAAGCCGGACAAAUUGAUACAGCAUCUAGUGGAUGACCGCGACAGUAAUGUGGAUCCACACUAUGUUGAUGAUUUUCUCCUCACCUACAGGGUCUUCAUCCAUAAUCCUACCAUUAUAUUCGAGAAGCUCAUGAUGUGGUUUGCUGACGGAGCGCUUAGGGACAAGGUAACAUUUUUGACGCUAGUCUAG